CUAGAACUCAAAACAUUUCCCUUAGCUAUAAAGUGAGAUUACACUAUAGGACAGAGUAUAUAAUAUAGGGCCACUUCCCAGAAAACAAAAGAAUUAAACUUUUGCACCUAUUGAAUGAAAAUGUUCAUUACAGUAUCCCAUCUGUUUUUUGGCAUUUAAAAACAAAGUCCUCUCUGAUUUCUAAAUGUAUGACAUUAAUGCGUAAUUUGGAUCUUCUCACUCUCAGAUGGAACUGAUUCCUUUGCUUGAUUCACCCAGUGUUGCCAGCAAUCAAUUUUGGUAUCUUCAAUGUCUCUGCUGAUAUAAUAUAGUGCUAUCUUAUCCAGGGAGAAUGUCUUAUUAAGAAAAUAUCCAGACUCCUUUUAUCAGAGCUGAAGAUAUCAUUUCAGAGUUCUUACACUGGUCUGAUAAAAUCUAGACUUCAAUUAAAAAACAAAAUACAAGGCUUUAUUUCUCAUCCCUGCCAUGCUUCUUGCUAGAUAAUGGUGUAUUAAGCAGCCAUUUUUCUCCUUACCUAUCAGAAGAGAAUUACUGUUGUUGAGGUUAUGUCUAAUUUAAACCAUUAAAAAAAAUAUGGAAAAAUCUUCUGAUUUGCUAAAGAGGCUUUUUGUCAUAAGAACUUAAACCUUAUGAGAAUCUUAUUUUGGUGCUGGGACAACAUCUCUGUUUUUAGUGGAACCUCUUAGAAAUCAGAAGGCACCUUUUCUACACACAGCCAAAGACAGUGAAAGGGAGAACUAUGUGUUAAUACUGUGAUAAGGAAAUUUGAUGGAGCAGAUUGUCUCUAAAAGAGAAUGUUUCUGUGAGGGCAUCUUGCUUGAUGUUAUUGGUAAUUUUCUUCUUCCUUCCCUAUUACAUGGGCAAAACAUAUGGAUGAUCUUCAAUACUCACACAUGCUUACCUGCCUGGGUAUGGCCUGAAAUAGCCCUUCACAAUGCAAUCUCAGAUUGAACCACCAGGGGCCUCUUUAAGCUCAGGCUACCAGUUCUUGAUCUCAUUUUUUGCACAUGCACAGAAUUAAGAUAUCUGCUCAUGUGCUAGAAAGAACGUCUAGUCUUCCAGGGCCUCCCUAACUUUGUCUUUGCUUAUUCUAGAGUUUAAAAUUUAAAAUUGUUGAUAUAAAACAUUUCAUCACUAGACAUGUGACCCCAUUUCCAUUUAGAUUCUUAUCUCUUGAGCAAAAUAAAAAAAUGGGAUCAAAAGAAAGCAGUCAAAUUGCAUGUUAGUAUAUUAAAGUUUCUUGAAUGAAAUUAGAAUUUAAAAUAUCAAAACUCCCAGCAACUUCAAUGUUUCCAUAAAUAUCCAAAAACAAUUUCUACUUCUUUUACCUCUCUCUUUAUGUGGAUAUCACUAGCACACCUGAAUCUCUUUUAAGGAAAAUCCAUUUCAGGGGGAUAUGCCAUUUAUAAAACUAAUGAAGAAUAAAAGAAGAAAACUUUUCAUCAAUAUUCAUCCAAUCUAUUCACUAAUCUCUUGGAAAGUAGGUUUUCAGAGGAUUCAAUGACAGGAGCAAUCUUUUGUUUUCUAGGGGAAAUUUUUCACUCUUUCCUUCUCUGGCAUUUCCAUCGAGUACUCUGCCAUUUAUAUCCAACUUCUAUGACAGGACUUUGGCAAGUCUGUGUGGUAUCAAGACAGCCAUGGCCUCCCCAGCAGCUCAGGCACUACCAGUCCAUGUUCCUAGAUACUCGAGAAAAAGGAGAGGGUUUCUGUCACAAGAAGAAUCUGACCUCUAUAAGAAGCCCAUGCAUAGGAGGCUCAAGUUCCUUGCUGCCUUUCUCUUGGGCAUUCCUCACUUGGUGUGCCUGGUAGGCUUGUUGUAAAGAGGCCUAUUCUCUUGAUUUUAAAUUCUCUACUCUAUGUUGCUCUUAAGGGUUAAAGGGAGUUUACUCCUGACUCACUGUGUUUUCUGGCCCACGUCUAGUCUGUCCCUGGUAAGAAAAUACAGAGGAAUGCUAAGGAAAAGAUGAGCCUGAAUAAGCAGAUACUACAAUACAUUUGGAAACCAACAGGGUCAAUAAUAGGAAAUUUUAAAAAUUAAUAUAUUUUCUUUUCAUGUAGCAGAUAUUUCCUAACAAAUACCCCCCAAACAACGUUCCCCCAAUUAUGCUUCCACCAAAACAGUUCAAUUUAUUGAUGAGUAACAGAAAAGAAGGCUAUAUUCUUUAACUUAUAUGGCAUUAACAAUUGAUGGUAGGAAUUUUAGAUACUGAUAAUCAAGCAUUUAUUAAAUUCCUACUGUGCAUCAGGGACCAUAAACAAGAAAGUAAAAGAAACAAAAAAAAUCUCCUUAUAGCUUUUCUUACUGCUAGAAUUUAGAGUUGUUUAAGGAGAAAAUAUAUACAGACUUUCUCUACUUUUAUCACAUUAUUUUCCCCACUCUUCAACUCAUCACUGUCUAGGCCAUUCUACACUACCAAAUAUGUAUCCACAUUUUAAUUCUUACUGUCUUUACCCACUUAUUUGGUUUCUAAUAGUGUCUGAUGAGACAAAAGCUGUGGUUCCCAUGCAAUCAGAAUAAUAUGCUUAGCUUUACAGAGGUGCAUUCUCCAGGAACAUAAAUUUAUCUAAAAAUGAGAAAAAGUAUUCCCCUCCAGUCGACUCCUGCUGGCCCCUUCUAGUCCCUGCAGGGAUGAUCAGUAGCCAUCAUCCCCAUAACCCCAGUGACUCCUUCUGCAGGUGCUGAAGCCCCAACUCCUCAAUAUCCACAAUUACUGAAGACCCAGAAACAAAAACUUUUGUUACCAAAGGACAAUCAGAUGAUUUACCAUCAGAAAUGAGUAUGAUUUUAUCACUGGAAAAGAUGAAUUAUCUUCUGCUUUGUUACUGCAUCCUAAGGAUCACAGGACUAUUCCCAUAUGUUGUUUUUUCUUAUUAGAAAGUGAGCUCCUUGAGAGCAGGGAUUCUUUUUUUCCCAUGUCUCCGUGCUUAGCAUGUAGUAAGCAUUCAGAAAAUGCAUUUUCAUUUAGUCACUAAAAGGAGCAUUUACAUGAGCACAAAGAGACCGAAGGAAAAGAUUUCUCCUAAGACUGACCUGCUUUUCUAUUUAUUUUCACACACCUUAUUUUGUCACUGUAAGGUGAUGAGGGGCUUCAGACAAAUGCCAUUCUUACUUAGAUGAACUGAGGCAUCGAUCCCCUCAAAGACCUUUUCUCAGCAGGAAAUAAUGGCAGACUUCACUGACUCUAUAGGAAAAGCUCUCUCCAUAGCCACAGGUUUUUAAAGGCUAGAAAAUAGUCAGCAUUAAUAUUUCAUGGAAAUAUUUAUUUUUUCAUUCUGAAGCAGUACUAUAAGAAGCCGUAUGAUUUCUGUGGGUGUUGUGUUGUUAUGUACAAAAGUGCCCCAGGGUUUUUCUGAACAUGUACUAUUGAAGAAAGAUCCCUGAGCAGGAAUAGCUAAAUUAAUUGCUACUAUUGUUUUCAUACAUGAUGGGCGGUGAGUGGGUGGAGGUGUAAUGAUAACCAAGUAUUCAGGUCAUUUUUAAUGUUACAGGAGGAAAAGGAUAAGGGUAAAGAGAGGAAUGUGAAAACUGUUUUUUAAUUGUUAGCUUUUAAAUACAACAAAAUUUUCUUUAAAAAAUAAUUUCAUGAAAUUGCAAUUUGCAAAGCAUUAUUGUCAGGAUUGACUUUUUUGUCAUUCUGUUGUGUGAAAUCCUAAACUUCCACUCUUGAACUGAGCAACCUUUGUUGUGCUGAACUCCUGUGAAAUGAUACACCUGUUUUAAAGGUUUCACCCAGGUUUUAGAGUUGUUAUUAAAAAUACCAAAUGUAUUUUUCUUCCACCACAAACCACAGUCUCUCCAGAGUUGCUAAAUACCUCUAAUCAGCUUGUGGGAAUAUGUUAUCAUUUGGUAUCUGUAGAUUUUGCCUCAUUUUAGAACUUCCUCCCUAAGGGUACCCCAUGAUGUCACUGGAGUCAUUCAACUCCCAGCUACACUGAACACUAAGUGAGCUGUCAGUUUCUAAGUAGGCUCUGGCCUGGAAUGUACACAUAGGAACUCCACGCAGUGAAUAAGCUAUUUCUGCAGUUUCACUAGCUAAAAGCCUUUGUGAUUCUCCGAGAUCCUUGUAAGACUGAGGUUCAUCUAGUAAAAACCAAGCAAUCCUUCUCCACAUGUUGUAUGUGUUUUUCAAACAGCAAGAUGGUAGCCAGAGGGGAAAUAGCACGCUUUUGGAGCCUGGAAAGUCUUCAUAUGGUUUCUACAGAUGGAGCAGCAGAGUCAUCUGUCUUAGUUGAUGACAAUGGAAGUGAGGAAGAUUACAGUUAUGAAGAGAUUUGUCAAGCUAGCCCCAGAUACUUACAGCCUGGAGGAGAACAGUUAGCCAUCAAUGAGCUAAUCAGUGAUGGCAACGUGGUCUAUGCAGAAGCUUUGUGGGAUCAUGUGACCAUGGAUGAUCAGGAGCUUGGCUUCAAAGCUGGAGAUGUCAUCCAAGUACUGGAGGCCUCCAAUAAGGACUGGUGGUGGGGCAGGAAUGAGGAGAAGGAAGCCUGGUUUCCUGCUAGCUUUGUCAGAUUACGAGUCAAUCAGGAAGAACUCUCAGAGAAUUCCAGCAGUACUCAAGGUGAAGAGCAAGGUGAAGAUGCUGGGAAGCACCGCCAGAAACAUUCAGAAAAUAAAGACCAGAUGAGAACCAAUGUUAUACAAGAGAUCAUGAACACUGAACGAGUCUACAUUAAGCAUCUCAAAGACAUCUGUGAGGGCUAUAUUCGGCAGUGUCGCAAACAUACAGGAAUGUUCACUGUUGCACAACUGGGUACCAUUUUUGGAAACAUUGAAGAGAUUUACAAAUUCCAAAGGAAAUUCUUGAAAGAUCUUGAGAAGCAAUACAAUAAAGAAGAGCCUCAUUUGAGUGAAAUAGGAUCCUGCUUUCUUCAACAUCAAGAAGGCUUUGCCAUCUAUUCUGAGUACUGUAACAACCAUCCUGGGGCCUGCCUGGAGCUUUCUAACCUGAUGAAGCAGGGCAAGUAUAGACAUUUCUUUGAAGCCUGCCGCCUGCUUCAGCAAAUGAUUGACAUAGCCAUCGAUGGGUUUCUCCUUACUCCUGUUCAGAAGAUUUGCAAAUACCCUCUGCAGCUAGCUGAGUUGUUAAAGUACACCACUCCAGAGCACAGUGAUUACAACAAUAUAAAGGCAGCGUAUGAGACCAUGAAGAAUGUAGCGUGCUUAAUCAAUGAGCGUAAACGCAAGUUAGAAAGUAUAGACAAGAUAGCACGCUGGCAAGUAUCCAUUGUGGGCUGGGAGGGGCUCAAUAUUUUAGACCGCAGUUCAGAACUGAUCCAUUCAGGAGAACUGAGCAGAAUCACAAAGCAAGGAAAGAGCCAGCAGAGAACUUUCUUCCUUUUUGACCAUCAGCUUGUGUUCUGCAAAAAGGACUUGCUCAGACGUGACAUGUUGUACUACAAAGGACGAAUUGACAUGGAUGAAAUGGAACUGAUGGAUAUCGAGGAUGGGCGGGACAAGGACUAUAAUAUCAAUGUAAAGAAUGCUUUCAAGAUCAUCAAUAAAUCGACAGAAGAGGUGUAUUUGUUUUGUGCCAAAAAGCAAGAGGAUAAAGUCAGGUGGUUGCAAGCCUGUGCUGAUGAAAGGAGACGUGUGAAGGAAGACAAAGAAAUGGGAAUGGAAAUAUCAGAAUCUCAAAAGAAACUUGCUAUGUUAAAUGCUCAAAAAACAAAUCACACAAAGUCAAAAGGUUAUAAUGGAUGUUCUGUGCCUCCCCCCCACCAAAGCUUACAUCCUAUCCACCAACGACACAUCACAGUGCCUACCAGCAUUCCUCAACAACAAGUUUUUGCCCUGGCAGAACCUAAGAGAAAGCCAUCUCUAUUUUGGCACACCUUUAAUAAAUUCACCCCAUUCAAGAAAUGAAAAAAAAAAUUAUCUCCCUGCUGGCGGGGAGUCUCUCUGUUGGAGAAGAGACAUGCUCUUUUUUCCCCUCUUUGAAAUCUUUCUUGGAACCAGUGCUGAAGAUCACCUUUAAUAGACAUCCGUGACUUCAUCUCACCUUCUGCCAGGAACUUUUUGGAGGAUAGAAGAAGGUCAUGAUGUGAUGUCAUAAGACAGCCUAGCACGUUAUAGGCACUUAAUAAUGGCUUGUUGAAUUGAAACCCUUUAUAUUCUUCCGGCUCUGAACUGACCAGAGACGUGCUCUAAAGCAAGUGUUGUUUCUGCUGAACAAGCCUUGCUAAUGAUGAGCAUCUUCUUUGGUGGCCAGGGAAAUAGUUGCAGUUUCAAAAGUUAAUAUCCAAGGGCUUGUUUUCUCAACUUGUCCCAAGGCAUGACCAGCUUUAGAGGACCACUGUUACAUUCCCAAUGCCAUGCUUGGUUUUGAGGGAAAUCAUCUAUAGAACUGAAAUCUUUCUUCUUGUCAUGUGUUCAGUAAGAUCUAAGGGAAGCUUUUGUCUUUUCACUGAGGCAUAUGUUUAACCUUAUCUCACUCAUUCACUGCUGCAGAAGACCAAGGAUCUUCCUGUUCAUUUUCUGUACUUUUCCCAAAUUUCCCAAAUGGUGAUGGAGAGGAAUUCAUUCUCUUUCUCUUGCAGGCUAGGAGGGGAAAAAAACCAAGGCUACUAUUGAAUCAAAUGGCACUAAUAACUUGAACUUAAUCCAGGUGUUCAGAAGGUCCUGCUGCUUUCAAGGAAAGAAGUCAAGAAAACCCAGGUCCAUUUUCCCUCAAAUUAACUAUUCUCCUGCAUGUAUAAUAGAAUUUAGCAAAGAAAUCAAUUCUUGCCUACAACUCAACCUAUGAGACUCCUUCUUCCAGUCACAUAUAAUCUGUUUUGUAAAAAUAUAAGUAUUUCCAUUUUUUUAUCAUGAUAAUGUGAAUGUGUAAAAUAUUUAUGUACUUCUUCCAGAAGUUUUUUUUUUCUCCCAUGCAUUCUCAUAAAACAAACUCCAAAAUUAUACCCAUUCAGCUAGAAAGGUAUUAAAUGGCCAAGGGAAAUAUUCCCUUGGAUUUUUGAAAUAGGUUUUGAUCUUGAGCCUCCACAUUCCUUCAUGAGAGUGAGAACAGAUUUCUUAAAAUUAAUCUUUCUUUGAGGAGACCAUGACAAAAAAAUUAAAAAUGGAAAAUGAUCAAUUUGGUGCAUUUAUCUUUUUCUUUCUCCACUUUUCCAACUAGGAUAUACACUAGCUGGUAUCUAUAGAUAAGUAUAUGAAUUUUUAGGAAAAUCAUUUUGAAAAAUCUUUUAUGUCAGACUCUUCAAGGGGUUCAAAAUGUUUAUCACUUUUAUUUUCUUAGCAUACUGGAGGAGAGACCUUUAUGUUAUAUAACUAACGCAUUUGUUUUCUAAAAUUAUAUUUAUGGUAACGAGCUCUUGUUAGACUGCUCAACUAUUACUAACAGGUAUAGUCUGAGAAUAAAAGCAGAUUGACUUAAGGACAAACAUUAGGUUUAGAUUUUUCCGAAUGUAGCUCUCAAAGCCUCUUCCUCACUAAGUCUAGAAUUUCUAAAGGAGGCCAGCUGGUGGGAAAGAGCAAUUAUAAGAAGAUUGAAUUUGAAGCCUCCUCAACAGAUAUUUAUGACAUUUAUGUAAAAUUUUGAUGAAAAGGUAUUUGUUCACUAUCUUAACAUGUUACUUUUGAUGGCUUAUAUGCAGGAGGUCUUGCUUGGUAUUUAUAAUUACUUUGAUUAAUGACUCUUAUGUCAGCCUGAGGUAGAAGCUGGUGCUAAGAAAAAGUUAUCAGUAAGUAUUUGUGCCACUGUGUCUAAAAAAUAGACACUUCAGCUUUAAUUGUGUUUGUAUGAUUGGCCUUUUUAUUAACAAGCUUUUUUUUAAAAAAGAAUAUUGAAUUUUGAAAACUUAACAUGCCUUUGAUGCACCCAUCAGCAAUAACUGGUAAUGCUCUUUCUAUGCUAAAUAGAAUGCAUAUUAAUUAGCAAUUUUUAACAGUUCUUCCAUGUUAUAUGACAGAAUUGCCUUGGGGUACCCAGUGAAAUUACUUGACAGAGCUACAUUUGUAAAUGAAAAUUCAAUUUUUAAAAAAAAAUGUAAAUGUUUCUUUUUAAAUAUCAACUGAACCAAUGAACCAAUAUGUUUUCUCUGCAAAGCUUUAACACCCAGCUGCAUCCAAAACACUGACUUCCAGGUCCUCUACCUUCAUAGUCUUCCAAAUAGAAAAGAAUGAAUUUGGGGAAUAGGUUAACUGAAUCUAGUUUCAAUUCAAAUACAGAUCUGUUUCCAUCAGAUAAAGUUAUGGUGCCAACUCUGAAUCUGAACAGAGUAUGAAUCACUUGGCUGCCUUUUUUCCCUAGAUGAACCCUAUUGAGAUAAUCAGGGGUUUUCAAACACUCCCAAAGAUUCAUAUUUCAAAAAAGAAUAAGAUGAUAGCACACUUAAGCCUGGAUUUAUAUGGCUUAAAUUUUGAAUAUUAUAUGUUUGACUUCUAGAAGGAUUGAAAGGAUUGUGUAUCCUUUUGUAUUUGCCAAAUUUUCUUCUCUGGAUAAAGUAAAAGUCUCACUAUAUGUACAUGAGUUUCUCCAAUAACAAUCCAGAGGAGAGAUUCAAGAUUCUUUUGUAUUAUAUAGUAAGUGUUCAAUGAUAUUAACAAAAUAUUUUAAUGCAUUUCAUUUCAUUUUUUAUUGCUCAUGAGGAUGAGAAUGAAUAGAGAAUUGACCUCAGAUCCUAGAAGACUUGGGUUUGGGUCCUCCUGCCUCUGACAUAUUAGUUACAUGAUUUCUCAAUAGGUAGAUAACUCUCUAAGACUUUUUAAAUUGUAGAGAAGAUGCUGGCCUGCAUUGGUCAAAGAUAUUUCUUCGAAAUUACACUUAUAGAUCAUGUUAUUAUUCAUGUAUUUUCAGAACUCACUAGAUAAAUAAUUGGGCAGGACCUUUGAAAUGACAACUUUUGACAGAAAGGCUUGAAAUAGAAUUUAGAAUAAGCAAGUACCUUUGAUAUCAGUUCUGCCUCAUUUUCCAGAUAAGGAAUUCCAGGUCCAGAAAAGUUAAGUGAUUAACUAAGAGCAGAACCUGAAUAAGAGCCCAGAGGUUUUGGCUUCUGCCCCUUAUUACUUCUAUGUCAAGAAACAAGUCACUUAAUCUUUUACUGGGAUCCAUUUAUCAUAUUAAAAAUAUCCAAUCAUCUUGUAGAAGAAUACAAGCUAAUGCUCAAAUAGUUGUUGUGAUUUUCAAGACCCUAGUAAGGGAAAAAGAGUUCUUGGUGAGAACUGUGAACAACAACAAAAAGGCAAAUACAAUUUGUCAGAUACAUAUUUGGAACUUCCAAUAAUACAGCUUUAGAUUUUAGUAAAUUUCUGAUUUUUUUUUUCUUUUCCCAACUUGGUAACUAAAGCAUUUCACCACCAUAUGAUGAUACUGAGUGCUGACGUGUCUUGUUAUACAUAGAUUACGCAAAGACAGGUUCCUUGUCUGUAAAGCAAAUAUUUCAUGUUGACUUAGAAGAACAAUGCUCUUUCAUAUAUGAAAAACCAUUUACCUUGAGUAAAUUUCUCUUCUUGUGCAACAAUGGCAAAAUGAAUGCUAUAUUAUAUUCAAAAUUUGAGAUUUAUUGAACAUUACUGGAAAUUCUAUUUUCUGGUACUUUACCAAGUGGACAAUUCUAUGUAUCAACCUUCUCAAAAUCUCUCAUGAUGUCAACUAACAAACCCAUAGAUUCAAAUUAGAGUGGUAAUUAGCUGAGGUUUAGGGCAGGAUUAUUAGAUUUAUGUGAUGAUGGUUUGGGGGAUUUGGAACAGGGAAAAUAGAUCUCUGGCACAGAGGGCUUUUGUUACAAUCAUUAUUUCCGGUGUCUUUAAAUCCAGAUUUUCUCCUUAUAUAUAGGUUGAAAUACAAUACUACAUUGGAGUACCUGGAGAAAUAUACCUAAUUCCCAGUUUAUUAGGCACCACUUAGUCACUGAAUGUGUCAAGUUAUAAACUUUUUAUUCUAAAAUUAUUGUACAAAUAACUUAUAUUUUCCCUUGGCCACCGAUUUUUUCUUCCAAUAGACAAUGAAAGAGGGAGCUCAAAAUAAAAUGGUGAAAAUAAACUGUAAUUUGUCUUUGCAAAAGACUACUGCUUUAAUUUUUGAUCCCAAGUUCCUUAGGCAUAACUAACGCUUGUCCUUUUCUAGGCAUUAGCAUUUAUAUUGAAGAAAUGCCCUACUUGUAACUGAUUCUGUAAUUUAGCAACUAUCACUGUGUAAAUAUUAGUAUAGCUGUAUAACUUGCUUACAUAGUUUGUCAAGUAUUUUUUGUAACUUUUAUCAUGUAAAUGUUAAUUCAUUAUUUUACAUCGAAUUGAUGUUGCCCAUGUAAAUCAAGUGACGGCUUCAAAACAGAUGAAUUAGCUGUUGACAGCUAAGGUAUGAUGUACAGAAUUGCUGGAACUUGGUUAUAUAUUUGAACUGAAGUGUUGUAUUAUAAAAUUUAUUUUCUCUUGAUGUGGUUUUAUGUAAAUGAUUUCAUUUCUUGUAAAUGAUGUGUGCCUACCAUUUCUGUCAUUUUGCUUCUGUAUGGUAAAAUAAAAUAAUUUGUAAAGCUGGUUUUCAGCAAUUUUAAUAA